AUGUGGGUGGCGCUGUCAGCGGCACCCGGCGCCGGCGACACAACCUGUCGCCACAACCAUAAAAAUCCCAAAAAGGGCUUUCACGUCUACUAUUUCCUCAAUUUAUUUAAAACUUUAUGCCGUAGAGCUAAGAUAUACGUGGACGUGGACGCGGAAGGCUACUUGGUGCCGGCGGGCGCCCGUGGCACGUGCGGCGCGGCGGCUCUGGCGGCGCGCGCACGGCUCGCGCCCGGGAACGCCGUCCUCGAGCCGGCGGCGGCGGCGGCGUCGGCGCCGGGCGCAUGGCGCGUGGUUAUCUCGGCGGCGGCGGCGCCGCACGCGGAGCUGCUGCUCUGGCCCAGUCAGGAUGUGCUGGCGCGCGCAGGUGUGCCGCAGCUUACGCCGGAUAACAAAUUAGGUCCAGGCGAGUACAGCUGCCACCGCUGCGACGCCCGCUUCGAGGCUCCACACAUCCUACGGGUGCACCUGUUCCUAGCCUGCCGGACACCUUCAGCUCCGCUCUUCCUCUCCGCAUUAAUACACGCCACAACUACACCACUGGAUCUGCGGAGCGCGUUCCGGCCUUACACGACGGUUCCGCCGACGCCGACUCUGGCGCCGGCGGCGCUGGAGGCGCUCGCGACGGCGUGGGGCCGCGGCGCGGGCGGCGGUGCCGGCCACGCCUGCGUGUACUGCGGGAGGCUCUACUCCCGCCGCUACGGUUUGAAGAUCCACCUCCGCACGCACACCGGUUACAAGCCCCUGCGAUGUCCGCACUGCCGGCGCGCGUUCGGCGACCCGAGCAACCUGAACAAGCACGUGAAGCUGCACGGCGCGGGGCGGGGCGGCGGCGCGCACUCGUGCGGCGUGUGCGGCAAGCUGCUCGCGCGGCGCCGCGACCUCGAGCGCCACACGCGCGCCCGGCACCAGCGAGAGCACGCCCCGCCGCUCCCCGACACCCUGACCGAUCAAUUCUUGGCUAUAACGUGA